AUGCUCUUCCAGGAUCAUUUCAUAGAUCUCUUCACCUCCUCCAGCCCCAGCAGUGCAACAUCAUGUAUAGCAACUUUGGGAACCAAAGUGAGUGAAGAACAAAAUGAGAUUCUGACCAGACCUUACUCUUCUCAGGAGGUAGAAGAUGCAUUAUUCAAUAUGAAUGGCUUAAGCUCCCCAAGACCAGAUGGCUUUCCUGCCCUUUUCUAUCAAAAGCAUUGGCCAGUAGUUGGACAGCAAGUGUGUGAUGCAGUGUUGAACGUACUUAACUCGAAUGGCAGCAUGGGCAGUAUCAACAGCACCUUCAUAGCACUCAUCCCAAAGAAGAAAAAUCCAUUGAAAGUCAUAGAGUUCAGACCAAUAUCAUUGUGUAAUGUCAUUUAUAAAAUUAUUUCCAAAGCUAUAGCAAACAGAUUAAAAAAGGUUUUACAUGGCAUCAUUUCUCCUUCACAAUCUGCCUUUGUUCCAAACAGAUUAAUCACUGAUAAUGUUAUUGUAGCUUUUGAAGCUUUUCAUACCAUGAAUUGUAAAAUGACAGGGAAAGAAGGCUACAUGGCCCUAAAGCUUGAUAUGAGCAAGGCAUACGAUAGAGUGGAAUGGAGCUUCCUAAGAGUUGUCCUCUACAAUCUGGGUUUUAGCAGCCAAUGGGUGGAACUAGUGAUGAAGUGCAUUGAAACUGUUUCAUAUGCUCUCAUGGUGAAUGGUGUCCCUCAACCUGAAUUCUAUCCCACAAGAGGACUCAGACAAGGUGAUCCAUUAUCACCAUAUCUCUUUAUACUUUGUGCUGAAGCAUUGAGUAAUUUAAUUCAUAAAGCUGAAGGAAACAAGUUGAUACAUGGGGUUACAGUUGCAAGAGGGAAGAUUAGAAUAUCCCACCUUUUCUUUGCAGACGAUAGUCUUUUGUUUUGCAAAGCCAAUGCGGUUGAAUGGGGAAACUUGGUUAACUUACUUAGAUCCUAUGAGAUGGCAUCUGGGCAAAGACUAAAUCUAAAGAAGACCUCUAUCAUGUUCAGUCAAAACACAGCAAGGUCCACUCAAGAUUAUAUCCUGUCAAUAGCAGGAAGGAGGUCAGCUAUGCCUUAUGAAAAGUACUUAGGCUUGCCUUCUAUAUGGGGAGACAAAUGGCUGGAUCAAUCUAACCGGAGGAAAGUCACAAGUCCAGUCAAGAACCUAGAUGAGAAUGCAAAGGUUGAUGUCUUAAUUGACCCUGAAACAAAGAGGUGGAAACAAGAUCUAAUUCAAGAUACUUUUGAGGUGAGGGAAGCACAACUGAUAAUGGAAACUCCUAUCAGUGCUAUGGCUACUGGGGACAGAAUCAUUUGGCAUGGGACAAAGAAUGGUUCUUUUUCAGUGAGGAGUGCUUAUCACAUGGAAAAUGAUAGAGAGGUGGCUGCUCAAGGUCAAGCUUCAACCAGUAAUAGUCUCAAGGAAGUCUGGAACAGGAUAUGGCAGAUACAAGCUACACCAGGAGACAAAACCUUUUUGUGGAGAGCCUGUCAGGAGGCCCUUCCCACUCAGUACAACUUGUACAAGAAGAGAGUAGUGAGUGAUCCUAUAUGCCCUAUCUGUAACAGAGAAGAGGAAAUGAGGAGUGCUUAUCACAUGGAAAAUGAUAGAGAGGUGGCUGCUCAAGGUCAAGCUUCAACCAGUAAUAGUCUCAAGGAAGUCUGGAACAGGAUAUGGCAGAUACAAGCUACACCAGGAGACAAAACCUUUUUGUGGAGAGCCUGUCAGGAGGCCCUUCCCACUCAGUACAACUUGUACAAGAAGAGAGUAGUGAGUGAUCCUAUAUGCCCUAUCUGUAACAGAGAAGAGGAAAGUGUGCAACAUGUUCUGUGGAGUUGUGAAGCAGCUAAGGGUGUAUGGAGUCAAUGCUCCAAAAGGAUUCAGAAAUGUUCCUUUCCAAUCUCCUCGAUGAUCCAACUUUUCAGCUCACUAACCAAGGUACUGAGUCCAGAGGAACUUCAAGAAUUUGUGAUGAUAGCAAGGAAAAUUUGGUGGAGAAGAAACUCAUUUAUUUUCAAGAAAGAGUUUGUUCACCCGAACCACAUUGUAAGAGAGGCAAGAGCAGUGUUAGAGAUGUUGUCAGAGAAGAACCUAGACCAAUGCACCAACCAAAUCUCCCCCCCAACGGUUUCAUGGCAAGCUCCUCCAACGAAUUGGUUCAAGAUUAACUGGGAUGGGGCAGUUGACAAAGGCAAGGGACUGAUUGGAAUAGGAGUAGUGAUAAGGAACAGCCUUGGCUAG